CGGUUUAUGUUGUAAUCGGGUAGGUUGAUACUAACUCGAUAAUUUUCGUGAAAAAUAGUGCCGAUGGAUUGAAUUUUAGUUAUUGAGUAAAAUAGAGAAUAUUCUGUUUAUAAAUGGCUAAUACACAAAGAUCUUUUGUACAAAAGGUUUCCAAGCAAGCGGCUACGGAUGUUCGUAAAAAUAUGGCUGUGCAUAUGCAUACAAAGCCCUUUAAUACAAGUUCGAUAUUAGGCUCAACACUUUCGCUCACGGAACCGCUUGACUAUGAGGAAUUUCUUAGCCAGCACAUAAAUAUUAUAACUCGAGAUCCCUUAAAACAUAUAUUGGAUUUUCCACAAGGUGAUAUUACAAUAAAAAUAAUACCUCGAAAAAUUCGGACCAUUGAACAUAUUUUACCGAAAGAACACAUUUCCGAUUUGCCAAGUCAUGUGCAAGAAUGCAUUAGUAGCUAUACUCGCCCUUGGAAGACUGUUGAAUAUUUACAUCGCCAUUACUCAAGCUCAUGUUGUGCACGCGAACGUAUUGAUCGAGGCACCAUCAGUCCUUCUGCUUUCCAACAAGAGUUUGAGAUUGAUAAGGAUUUUUCAUCAUUUGACGAAUCAUUCACCGAUAAGAGUGAUAGUUGUACACCUAGUUCAAGACAGUCGAUUGCUAGUCUAGCGUCUGUUAGUUCUUGUACAGAUACUCUAACUCCACGCGGCUCUUGGGCUAGUUUCGAUUUGCGAAGAUCUGUGAAUGAUCCACUUAUUCCUAAUUUAUUGGACAAUGUAUCGCCGGAACAAAUUGAUCAAUUAAAUGAAGCACGGCGACAAGAUAAACGCCAAGAAGCUUUAUUUUCGCUCUACCCCGAACCGGAAACAGAUGAAAUUAUUGAGCGUAGACUACCUGCAGUGUUGCCUGUGGAACACAUGGGUCACCGUAUCCUAGUUAAAUGUUUGCAGUUAAAGUUAGAACUCGAGGUUGAACCAAUAUUUGCAUCAAUGGCUAUAUAUGAUGCUAAAGAACGUCAAAAAAUUUCCGAAAAUUUUUACUUUGACAUGAAUUCAGAUAACCUAAGGCUUAUGCUAUCAAAUCAUGUUCGUUGUGCGGACAUUAGCACACAAAGUCGUUCCGCUAUAUUCGAAAUUUCCUAUCCAAGCAAUGAUUUGUUUCUUGUUAUACGCCUUGAAAAAGUUUUACAGGGCGACAUUAAUAAUUCCGUUGAGCCCUAUCUUAAAGAAGACAAAGAUAAGUAUAGAGAGAAAGUUAAAUCAAAUGCGGCAGAUUAUUGCGAGCGAUUGGGUAAAUAUCGCAUGCCCUUUGCAUGGACGGCAAUAUAUUUAACGAAUGUGUUUAAUGGAGACAGCUUUGAAAGUAAGGACUCAUCCGUGGUGGAGAAAGAUUUGACUGCAAGCGGUGUUUGUACUACAUUGGCGUCUGCGGCUAGUUCAAAUAGUUUAGAUCGAAAGUCUUCAACUAGCAGUUUCGAUCAACUUCGCCGAAAAGCCAAUGAUAUGAGCGGCACACUGACACGACGCGGAUCUCUCGAACGAAAGGAGAAACGCCGCUCUUGGUCACCGGAUGAUUUUGCCAAUGCCAUUGAAACUUUUCGUCCCAUUACAAUCACUGUGCCGAGCUUUUUUAAACAAGAGGCUGAUAAAAUGAAAGAUGAGGAUUUAUAUAAAUUUUUGCCCGAGCUUAAAAGGCCGAAUGCUGUAACAAAAAAGUAUAAAUGUAUUCCGGGGUCUAUUAAACUCGAGAUAUCGCCAUGUAUCGACGAUGUUAUUAACGCUUUAACACCUGAACUGGCCAGAGUUGAGCCACAGAGUGUUGAAAAAACGCGUACUAUUAAAGAAGUAUUGGAGUUCUCACCAUUACCUAUAUAUAAUCCUCAUUAUAGUUAUCGCAAUUUACUUUUUGUAUCACCAAAAGAGUUGAAUUUUUCAUCUCGUGCUGGAUCUGCACGUAAUAUCGCUAUUCGUGUGCAGUUAAUGGCAGGUGAGAAUCCAAACGAUGCCGUGAAUGCAAUAUUUGGGAAAUCAUCAUGUCCGGAAUAUGGAACUGAGGCAUACACGUCAGUCAAUUACCAUAACAAAUGCCCAACAUUCUACGAUGAGAUUAAAAUAGCGUUGCCGUCUGCAAUUAAGCAGCAUCACCACUUACUAUUUACAAUCUACCACGUAUCGUGCCAGAAAAAGCCACAUGAGUUGCAACUUUCAGUAGAAACUCCCAUCGGCUACACAUGGUUACCUCUUUUGGAGGAUGGUAAAUUGAAAGUCGGGGAAUUUAACCUGCCAGUAAUGGUUGAAAUACCACCAGAAAACUACUCUUUUAUACCACCAAAUGUACAUUUACCAGGGAUUAAAUGGCUGGACAACCAUCGCGCCGUUUUCACCAUAAGUGUGACCGCAAUCACUUCAAUUCAUACGUUAGAUAAAUAUCUCGACCAUUUUUUUUUUUUGAACUGUGAAUAUUUGAACAGCCGUAAUAUACCAUCUCAUAUUGGUGAAAGUAAUAUGGAAGCCGAGCUAAAAAAAUGUCUACUGGAUAUAAAUCAGUCAAAUCGUGAAUCAUUAGUUAGACAUUUACCUCGUGUCUUAGACAAGUUGAUAGAGUUGUUGGUAACUAGCCAUAAAGUUGGCGCACAGCCCAUGGCUUUGGGUGCCACAGUCUUUGAGGUGCUAUGCUUGGUUUCGGCUCACUUGUCUUUACUAACUGAUAUCGACCAAUAUGGACGUCAAAGUUUAUUUUCCACAUAUGUUCAGUUUCAGUGUAAAAUACCACACCCAUCGGCUGCAAAACGUGACUUUAGUAACGAAUUGAAAUCCAAUAAGUCAUAUGGCUUAUAUGAUGACAUUUUAAAUAGUGGCCGGCCAAAUCUUGACAACAAUUUAUCUAGCAGUGCCACCCCACUGGAUGGUCCGGCCCCACUUGUGUGCUUGCUACAUGAAGAGCUAGCCUUGCAAUAUACACUAGCCAGCGGCAAGGUGUCAGAUCUUGCCAUGAACAACUCAUGGUUUCUUUUCGAACUAAUUAUAAAAUCUAUGACAGAGCAUCUUGAUUAUACGGAUUCUAUAUGCGGCCCACGGAAACACAGGUUUUCACAUCAAUUUCUCGAUGACAUUUCAACACUCGUCACCCUCGUCACAAAUAAAGUUGCUGAAUACCAUAAUAUUGACACAAGAAGUGCUCAGUCAUUAAACGCCAGCUUAAGCUUUUUUAUAUUUGACCUACUUAGUAUAAUGGAUCGAGGAUUUGUAUUUGGCCUAAUUAAAAUUUAUUCGAAACUAAUUAUGUCACGAAACGCAUCUGUACCUGAUCUGAUGAAUUACAAAAUCGAUUUCUUACGAAUUGUUUGCAGUCACGAGCACUUUGUAGCAUUAAAUUUACCUUUUGGUACUCCUUAUACCACUAUCUCAGCACCUUGCAGUCCUACUCCCAGUACCACUUCAAAUAAUAGCCAAACUUCAUAUGGAUCUGUUGAGCGUUCUUUACACGCCGACCUCACCACGGAAUUUCGUCAACAACACUUUCUAGUCGGCCUUGUCUUAAGUGAUUUAGCGACAGUAAUGGAGGUGCCAAAUCCUCAAUUGCAUGGAAAAGCUAUAAGCUGUAUUCGGAAUCUUUUGACUUCACAUGAUUCACGGUAUGAUGAAGAAGCACGAUCACGAGUAGCUUCUUUGUAUAUUCCAUUACUUUCCAUAGUCAUGGAUACGUUGUCACAAUUGCAUCAAUAUAUAUGUGAUGUCCAAGAUCAUGAUCGUUUUCACCAGAUGAGUCAACUUGAAGAUUAUCAAGGGCCACAUCAGACUAUAUCCACAUCUACAAUUAGCCCAGAAGUUGCGUAUGCCAUCUCUGGCAGUCGUGUAUACUCCUAUAUGGCCGAACAAUCCAAGAACAAGAUACCAUUAAAUGCAGAAAACACGCGUCAUUUGCUGUCGUGUUUUCUGUGGGUACUAAAAAAUUUAGAACGCACUGUUCUUUAUCGUUGGUUGCUUGGAUUAACUCCACAUCGCGUGCACCAAAUGUUACAAGUACUUAAUACAUCUUUAAAAGCCUUUGAAUAUUCAGGACAAAAGCGCUUACCAACUUUAAAGCGGACUAAUACUCAUAGUUUUCGCAAAACUGCGACCACUGAUGUUAAGGAAAAGUUGGAAGAAUGUAUCAGAGGAACCAACUCAGCGCGGUACGAUUUAAUUAACCGUCGCAAGGAUCGCAAUUCGACGGAUAAACUUCGUUGGCGGAAAGAUCAAAUGCCAUAUCGGUCUCAGUAUAGUGACACAUCUAACAGAAUUGAGCCAGAUCUUGAGCUAAGUUAUUUUAUUGAAGGUUCACUUGCGACUGAAAUUGGGCUGAUUAUACUCGAUUCUUUGGAAAUAAUCGUACACGUCGCCACUAACCUUCAUCACAAUCUGCUUGGAACUGUUCUUAAAGUGCUGUUACAUAGUUUAGCACGAAAUCAAUCUACGCUGGCACUGCAAAACUUGUUUGCAUCUCAGAGAGCCCUGAUUUUUAAAUUCCCAAAUCUAUUGUUUGACGAAGAAACGGACAUAUGCGCAGACUUGUGUUUAUUGCUUUUAAAGCACUGCUCGUCACAAUUACCAGGUAUCAGGUCGCAAGCUGCUGCUUCGUUAUAUUUAUUAAUGAGGCAAAACUUCGAAAUUGGAAAUAAUUUUGCACGUGUCAAAAUGCAAGUUACUAUGUCACUAAGUUCUCUAGUAGGUACUAGUGCUUCAUUCAGCGAGCAAUCACUCCGUCGGGCGUUAAAAACAAUUCUCGUGUACGCCGAGUCCGAUACCGAUCUACAGGAAACCUCUUUCCCAGAGCAAGUACAAGAUUUACUGUUUAACUUACACAUGAUUCUGUCAGAUACUGUGAAAAUGAAGGAGUACCAAGAGGAUCCUGAAAUGUUACUUGAUUUGAUGAAUCGCAUAGCAAAAGGUUAUCAAAAUAAUCCAGAUUUGCGAUUAACUUGGCUGGAAAAUAUGGCUAAAAAGCAUCGUGAGCGUGCUAACCACACUGAGGCGGCCAUGUGUUAUGUUCACGCUGCCGCUUUAGUUUCUGAAUAUUUAAGCAUGCUCGAGUCUCAAACACAUUUGCCAGUUGGUGCCGUUAGUUUUCAACGCAUAUCACCAAAUACAUUUAUGGAAUCAGCGGUGUCAGAUGACGUUCUGAGUCCCGGAGAAGAUGGUAUUUGCCUGGGUAAUCACUUCACUGAAACUGGAUUAAAAGCUCUGCUUGAAGAGGCAUCGAAUUCAUUUCAAGUUGCCGGCAUGUAUGAAGCUAUGAACGAAGUGUAUAAAAUUCUGACUCCAAUCUGUGAAUCGAAUCGCGAAUUUCUCAAGCUCAGUAAAGUUCAUGGCAAGCUGCAAGAAGCAUUUAACAGAAUUGCCCAACUCCAGGGUAAACGAGUAUUUGGAACGUACUUUAGGGUUGGUUUUUAUGGCGCUAAAUUUGGAGACCUCGAUCAACAAGAAUUUAUUUACAAAGAGCCCACCCUAACAAAAUUGCCAGAAAUAUUCAGUCGACUUCAGAAUUUCUAUGCGGAUAGAUUUGGUCCCGAUUCUGUGCAUAUAAUUAAAGACUCAAAUAAUUUCGACAUAAAUACCUUAGAUCCGGAAAAGGCUUACAUUCAAAUCACUUACGUGGAACCGUUUUUCGAAACUUAUGAAAUGCGUCAUCGUGAAACAUACUUUGAACGAAAUUUUAAUAUUAAACGGUUUAUAUUUUCGACCCCUUUUACAAAGAAUGGAAAAGCUCAUGGUGAAUUACAUGAGCAAUGUAAACGCAAGACAAUCCUUACCACAGCAAACCAUUUUCCAUAUGUAAAAACUCGCAUCCAAGUAAUCAGCCGAACUCAGUUUCAAUUGGAGCCCAUUGAAGUGGCUAUUGAGGACAUACAAAAGAAGACAUUGGAAUUAGCUGCAGCUACAAAUCAGGAACCGGCUGAUCCAAAAAUAUUGCAAAUGGUUUUGCAAGGUUGCAUUGGUACUACUGUUAAUCAGGGUCCUAUGGAAAUGGCUAGCGUAUUUCUUUCAAUUUUAUCUGAUGGAACAACUGUACCGACAAAGCAUCAAAAUAAAUUACGGUUGUGCUUCAGAGAAUUUUCAAAACGAUGUGCAGAUGCUUUAAAAAAAAAAAUCGAAAUUUAAUAUUAUCGGAUCAAAAAAGAUUAUCAGCGGGAAUUAGAACGCAACUAUGAACGUUUUGUCGAACGGCUCUCCCCGCUAAUCACGCUUACGGAAGCUCAAACGCAAGGUGUUGUAAAAGCUAACUGCUAUCAAAAUAAAACCACACCCUUGAAAUGGUAAUUUGAACGAUCAAACUUAAUAAGUAAAGUUUCUCAUUUGUCUGAUAAAAUGAUUUCUUUACAUGCCUAGCGUGUCGGAUUAUUUUAACGGACGAUUUCAAGUUAUUGAAAAAUUCAUUCAUUUUAUGUAAGUAUAGAGUAUUGAAAUUAAAUUCGCUUUGCGACGAAUCAAACUUGUCGAUGACCAUGUCACCUUUGUUAACAAUACUUUUCCAGUCGGCCAAGUCAGUAUCGGGAUUACUAUGAUUUGCUUCAUGAUGCAUUGGCUUCAACAUAAAUUGCAAUUCCUCCA